GCGCAGCAUUCCAAAAGCUAGGGCCAAUGGCGUGGCUCGGCGGGAUGGUGACGUCAGUCUACAUAUAAAUACUGGGACUUAGGCCGUUUUAGCUUUUGGUCUUCAUUGUCAGUUGAAUCGUUGUUGAGAGUAGACGUGUUCGUCCCGACAUCCAGGUGAAGCUCGUGAACCAUGGCUCGUACAAAGCAGACUGCCCGUAAGAGUACUGGAGGUAAAGCUCCCAGGAAGCAGCUGGCUACCAAGGCUGCCCGUAAGAGUGCCCCAUCCACCGGUGGUGUGAAGAAGCCCCAUCGUUACCGCCCUGGUACUGUGGCUCUGCGAGAAAUUCGUCGUUACCAGAAGUCUACUGAGCUGCUGAUCCGCAAGUUGCCCUUCCAGCGUCUGGUGCGUGAGAUUGCACAAGACUUCAAGACUGACCUGCGUUUCCAGAGUGCUGCCAUCGGUGCCCUGCAGGAAGCGUCAGAAGCCUACCUUGUGGGUCUGUUUGAAGAUACUAACCUGUGCGCUAUCCAUGCAAAGCGUGUAACCAUCAUGCCCAAGGAUAUUCAGCUGGCACGACGAAUCCGUGGAGAGCGCGCUUAAGGUGUUCCCUCAUCCUGUUGUGCUCAUUCAAGACAUAACCUCCUAAGCUACAUACUGCCAUGGACAAAGUGAAUGUUUUUAAGUUACGUUUAGGUACGCUGAUCCUCCUCCCUUUUGAAUUGACUUUUGAAGUGCUGGUGAGUGCAGUGAGUAACUGGCACUAGUUUUGUACUCUUUUUAAACAAGAGCAGCUUUUAAGAACUGCUCCGUAGUGGAAAAUUGUGAUGCAAGAGAAACUAAUUUAUUUUGUGUGUACAGCAGUGUUUGGAGCUGUGUAUUCUGCCUCUGGUAUGUUUCUUUUACUUACAAUAGUCUGGCAGUGAUUUUGCUGAAAUAAAUUUAAAAGAUUUAGAAUACACAGUUCUUGUGUAGGUUAUGUGAUCACAAAUAAUAUUCCAAAGUACAAGAAAUCAUUAUUUUCCUCUCUUUCUCUGGUCUGGGAACAAUGUCGUGUAUUUGUAUUGUCAGUGUGGAGGUCAUUCGUGUUCAUGAUCUUAUUUAGUUGUAGUGGGAAAGUCGUUUUUAUUACAUUUAGUUUUAAGUCUUAAUGCCUGUCUCUUUACAUCAGGUGGCCUGGGUUUCUUAUAAUGAAAUUAUUACCUGUGCCACUCUUUUGGAUUUCUCUUGUUAUUGGUUCUGCACUGUAGAUUUACACCGAAAAUAAACUUCUGACAUGUAA